AUGAAGUCUGUUGAGCCUAGGUGUUUUCACUUGCCUUUUGGUGGGAUUAACAUUGUCGUUGGUGGUGAUUUUCGACAAAUUCUACCGGUCAUACCUGGUUCGUCUCGCAGUGAAGUUGUUGCCGCCGGAAUUAGUAGAUCAAAACUCUGGGAUAAUGUUAGGCUCCAUACCUUGGUCAAAAACAUGCGUAUUAAUAGAGGAAGCAACGAAGCUGAUGUUGAGCGUAUGAAAAAGUUUGCACAGUGGGUUCUCGAUAUAGGAGACGAGAAGAUUGACAGAGCACCAAAUGGAGAGUUUGAUGAUGAUAUUGAAAUCCCAUCUGAAUUCUGCAAUAUAGGUAAUGAGAACUGUAUUGACGACAUGAUUGAUACCACCUUUCCUGAUUUUGCAGAGCAUUAUAAUGAUCCCAAGUACUUGAGUGAACGAGCAAUUUUAACUCCCACAAACAACACAGUGUUUCAUGUCAAUGCUUUAAUUGUCGAUAGAAUUCCUGGUGAAUCACAAUCAUAUUAUAGUGUGGACAAUGCGGAAGACUAUCCUGGUACAGAGUCUAAGCUCAAUAAUAGUUUUCCUCCAGAAUUUUUGAACUCCUUAAAUGUUCCCGGUUUGCCUAGCCAUGAACUAAAACUCAAAGUUGGUGUUGUCGUUAUGCUCAUGCGCAAUCUUAAUCAAACGCUUGGUUUAUGCAAUGGAACACGGAUGAUGGUCACGAAGUUACUUCCUCAAUGUGUCCAGUGUGAAGUGAUCUCCGGGAGUUUUGUUGGCACUAGACACUUUAUCCCUCGAAUGGAACUUUUUCCAACAAAUUCGAAGUUGCCAUACAAGCUGCUGAGGAAACAGAUGCCUUUGCAAAUCUGCUAUGCGAUGACAAUCAAUAAAUCAUAA